AUGUCUUCCUCAUCGUCUAAUGGCGUAGAUGAAAGGUUAAACAAAGCUUUUGAAGAAAUGUUCGACCAACAAUUUGAUCAUACCUUCGACUCAAUAGUUGAUGUUCAAGCCAACAAGCCGAAGAGACAAGCUUAUAUCGAAAGAGAUCGGGAACAAGGACACAAUCUACUAUGGAACGACUAUUUCAGGGAACAUCCUACAUACCCAUCGGAAAUGUUUAGGCGGCGUUUUCAAAUGAACAAGCCAUUGUUCCUUCGCAUUGUCGAUCGCCUAAGUAAUGAAGUUCCAUACUUUGAGCAAAGAAAAAAUGCUCACGGAAGGUACGAGCUAUCUGCACUUCAAAAGUGUACAGCAGCUAUACGUAUGCUGGCAUAUGGUCAAUCGGGAGAUACACCUACACCGGAUGAUCUUCAACGAUUACUCGAUGUUGGAGAGGUACGCGGGUUUCCAGGGAUGAUAGGCAGGAUUGACUGUAUGCAUUGGGAGUGGAAAAACUGCCCAACGGCUUGGAGAGGGCAGUACACACGCGGUUCAGGCACAGGUCAAAUCUUCACUGGGCAGGUUGAUAACCUCACUGUGCAGAUCGCUGACCUGGAGAAGCUCUUCUUCGAAUGA